CAUAUUUCGAGACGAUGUCAAGGGCCGGCAGGGGAAAAUCUUUUUCUAUCGUCGCCAUCCCUAUAUUGUAUCCCCACCAGUCACCAGUCAAGAACCGUCUAUGUCUACGGUAAUUGCAUUAUGCACCUCGGAGAUGUAGGGAUUAACAUGUUUUACACAUAUCGGUGUUUAAGGAUGGGGACGACCAUACUGUUUUGAUUGCUUUGAAUAAAUUCAUUAACC